AUGCACCCAUUCUCUGUCCUCACGCUUGGCAUCUUUGUAGCUGGGUACACUACCGCUCGCUGGGAUCUUGUCACCCGUCUGUAUGAACUGGCCAUCUUUGCCUGGGACCUCGGUGUUAUUACUCGGUCGUUGAAGGCUUUCCUAGUCCUUAGCAUCUUCUUCGUCGUCCUGAUCGUCCCCAUCGAGCGCAUAGCUGCCCGAGAGAGUGAUAUAGCCUUCAUGAUCGCCCCCAAUGCCUUGAUGCGCAUCUUCUGGCCGACCGACAUUGUUCGUUCCGAGAAAGCAGGCGUCAUUGUAGGAUGGAAGAACUCGGACCUUGACAUGGUCGUUGUGACCAUCUUGCUCGAAGUCGAUGCACGUAAUGUCGAGAUUGCUUUGCAAAGAGGUGCGCUCUUCCGCGGAAGCCCUCACCCCAUCGAGCGCAUCCUUGAUAGGUGCGGUCGAUUGCCCUUGCAAGUCUUGGGUACGUUGAACCCAGAGCGUGCGCCAUCGCUCAAUUUCAACCCGUCGUCGAUCCAGGUCUAUUACUCUCAGCACUACGCAGUCCCCCAAGUGCACUGCCCUGGCGAAUCUUCCGUCUCGCUACAGAUCGUUACAUUCGACCGACCCAACCCCUAUCGCAUGCAAUACCUAUCGCUCACACCCAUAGCCCUGACUCUAUCAGACGCCCAAGUAAGAGCUGGCAAGACAGUGGUCGAAGGCUUCGGUGCAGCAGAGGCAGCUGUCAGAGCGCGCAAGCAGGAACUCGUCGACAAGCUACGCAUGCAUACUGUUGUUCAUCAUGCCCGUACUCCCAAAGAGAUUGCUCUGCCCGUGAUAUUGAACCAGAUCAAUUGCUCGUAUGAGAUUGAUGAGCUGGUUCGAAAGAACGUUGGCUAUAUCGGCUCGCGCACAAGACGAAGCAUGAGCGUAAGCGAGCGUAUGGCCGAGUCAGCCGCCGAUCUCUGGGACUAUACUCGCUAUAGCCUUCACCGCGCCUUCUUCGCUUACGUUUAUCCCGUCAUCACCCAGCUAUUCGUACUUGCGCUGGUCGGUCACCGUGUUGCUGGAGAAGUUUGGUUGAGACUUCUCGAAUGGCGACCGAUUCCAGACUCGGCCGCUCUCAAAGAUAUCUCAGCCACUGCACAACAAACUGAUAUCCGUUUGCAACAGUUUUGCUAUUGGCCGAUCCAAUAUCUUACUCUGCGCAAGCGACGCACCGACUGGGGAAGUGUCACAAACAGCCAUCCGGAAUACAUACGCUUCUACAACAGUCUAUGGCUUGUCGCAAACGACAUUAUCAUUGGUAUUGCGAUCGGCUCCUACAUCAUCGAGAAUUCGGACUACGUUGCAGGUCAGGUCGAAUCCAUUGUUGACUCUUGGUUCAUUGCCGGUCUUCAACGCAUGAUAUGCUGGCUGAUGAACUACCCUGCCGGUUUGAAACUCAACAAGGAUCUGGCACAGUUUCUCGGUGAUCUCUUUCUUUGGAUAAUCGACUACUGGGCUGAAUGUAUGCAAAAUAUCAGACCCUUGCUCCCGCAUGUCGUCCAGAUCAUAGGCUUCUCAAGCUUUGCUGGUGCAAGCAUGCCCAUCUCGCUAUUCUCAGACUUGCUUUCCAUUUUAACGAUUCACGUUUACGCUUUUUACAUCGCCUCGGCCCGCAUAUACAACUGGCAGCUCACCAUAAUAGUCUCGCUCUUCCAUCUAUUCCGUGGCAAGAAGCGAAACGUCCUCCGCAAUCGUAUCGACUCGUGUGAUUACGAUCUAGACCAGCUACUGCUCGGCACGAUUCUCUUCACACUUUUGACCUUUUUGCUACCAACCAUUGGUGUCUUCUACGCGACCUUUGCUAGCGCGCGUAUGGGCAUAAUUGCCUUCAAAGCCGCAUUGGACACAUGGUUGGCUUGCUUGAACCAUUUCCCUCUUUUUGCGCUCAUGCUGAGGAUCAAAGACUCUCAGCGACUACCAGGCGGCAUACGUUUUGACCUUCGUGAUACCCUUUCUGCAUCUGAUUCUUCACGGCAACACGGUUCACUAGAUCCGCAGGUUGCACCUACUGCACAUAUAAAGUUACAGUCUGUACCUCUGCCUUUCUCGGAAACGUUCUCUCAGUAUGCACAGCUUGCAUCUCGCAUCCGCAAACACUACCUCUCGCCUAGUGUGUUCUUGUGUCUGCUCACCGGUCAAUUCGUCCCACCGAUCCAUCGCAAGAGUCUGUACAGUCUACAGUAUAGCAUGCUUCCUGCGAAGCGUAUCCCAAUUGCGGAGCUGUGGAAAAAGCUGAUGAACAGCGAUGGAGCGCAAAAGCCUCACAGCAACGGACACAUCAACCCGACUUUGGGUCGUAGAAGUCAGAACAAGAAAGCUCCGGGACAUUGGUGGAGCAAAUGA